AUGGAGCCCCUGAGCUUGGACACAUACCGAAUGGCGUUUUGGUAUUCUGUCUGCCAGGGCGCCGGCCACAUGUCAAUUUCAGACACAUCCCUGCUCAAGCAGAUGCAGACUGCGCUUUCAUCUAUGAAGGUCACGUUCGUCCUUUGCGGCUCUAAAGAAGAUGCCGAGAAGAAGAGAUGGGAAUUGUCUGCCUCCUCGCAGCUGCUGGGCGAGACGCGGGUUUCCAAAUGGCUGGCCAAGCAGGGGGUGGACGUCCCGCAAAAUUCUGUGAGGAGCAUGGUCUUGGUGCAUGAUCGCAUCAUGGCUGCCCAGCUCGGCGACUUGAUGGAGGAACUGGAGGUGACUGCUGGGGCCGAGCAUCCACUUGCUACUGUGUCUACCCUUGAGAAGAUCAUGAGUCUCACGAAAAUCGAUAAGAACGUUGAGUUGAGUAACAAGCUGGUGGAGUGGAUCUUCUACGAUGCUUUGAACUGCCUCAGGAGCGGGUGGCUGGAUCGCGAUGCUAAGCGUGAUGACAUGAUUGCAUUCAGCAAGGCCUCUUUGCUGGGAAGGCGGUGUGUCUUCUAUUUGAUCCAGAAGCUGAAGUACGGGCAGACUGACAUGGCGGCUGACCCAAGAACUCCUGCUGGAUUCCUGGCCAACAUGCUUUCUCACAGGACCUUCUCCAAGGGAGGGUUCCACGAUGGUGGUGACCAGACAUGGCUGGCUGAUCUGUACAGCUUUCAGCGGGAUGCUUUGUAUUCCAUCAAGCUGUUCUUCAGCGGCAGUGCUGACUUGCACAAUCUCCUUCUGGAAGCCAGCCAGAAGGACGCCAACGUGAGUGCCGAGGUUUUUUUGCAGUGCCCCAAGAUCAAGAUUUUGGUGGACAUUGAUCAUUUGCUGGAUGUGAAGUUGCACCCUGGCAAAAUGGGAGACCUGGAGCCCAAGACGGUCGCUGAAGCCGCCUCAGCCCUUCCGGAUGUCCCCGUUCAGGAGACCCAGACUAAGCCUGAGACUGAGAAGAAGCCGGAGAAACCCCUCGAGGCUUUCGAGGACCGCCCCGUGAUCGCGUUGGAGGAUGAGUCUCCAGAGACGGAGGAGGAACGGAAUCUGAAGAAGAAAGAGUCGCUCUUUGCGAAGCUCUUCCCAGAUUUGUGCCCGCCGCAGUACAUCAAAGAUAUCUUCAUGAAGGUGGAGCGCGGUACCUUGGAGAACAUGGCGAAUUAUGCAAAGCAUCGUGUGUUUUCCUUUGUGGAUGUGCGCGUGUGGCAGCCAAGCUUUGACUGGGAGAAGGCGUCCUCGGAGUGGGGCGAGGGGCCCUUGCUCUUUGUUGCUGAUUCCAAGUGCUAUGGGCCCGGUGGCAUGUCGCUGGCCUUCCAAAAGAUGCUCUACGAUGGCCUCCUCGGCAAUCCAAAAAGUGAAGAGGCAACCACGGCCUACUGCUUGAAGAAGCACUCCGUUGCAGUCCUGCUGGAUGGUACCAAUCAGGUGGUUUCAGGCCAGAUCAACCGGGAAUGCCAGAGGGAAAACCACCACGAUUCCGACACGGGAGCGGCUUUACCUGGACCUCCCAGGAGCAGGAAGGCUGCCGACGACCUUUGCAUGGAGCAUGUCCUUCCGGAGACAAAGAAGAACAUCCUGGAUGCCAGGCCUCAGACGGCGCCCGAGGCCCAUGCUCGUGAGUGGCUGAACUUGUUCGCACCAAAUGCGUGCACGAGGGUGAUCGACUUUUGCAUGGGGACGGGCAUGCUCGCCCUGGCAGCGGCGCGGACGCACAUGAAGUACCAGGGCUACGUGUUCUCUGAGUUGCACAAGUCCGUUGUGUCACAGAUCCUGAUUUUGAAGGUGGUGCGUGAGCUCAUCCUCCAGAAGAAGGCGCCCUCUGAUGCCACUACAUUGGUUCUUGGAGAAGGAUUGCAGAUGGAAAGCCCUGGCCCGGCCGAGAGUGCAGCGAGCCAAGAUGUGGCUGGCCAG